AUGCCAGCAAGUUUCAAAGUUAGAACUGUGGCUCGCGAUGAUAAUACUUUUGAAGAGGUUCUCGAUCCUGAUUUUGGCGAGUCGGCCAUUGGCCGUGUGGCCCCUGUAGACUCUGGACUUUGGUGGAUUAUCUUGUUGCGAGCUUAUGGGAAACUUACGGGCGAUUACUCAUUACAAGAAAGGGUCGAUGUCCAGACAGGAAUGAAACUGAUACUUAACCUCUGUUUGUCUGAUGGGUUUGACAUGUUUCCCUCUCUACUUGUCACGGAUGGGUCAUGCAUGAUAGAUCGGCGUAUGGGCAUUCAUGGUCAUCCACUUGAGAUUCAGUCCUUAUUCUACUCGGCCCUUAGAUGUUCACGUGAGAUGCUUACAGUUGAUGACGGAUCCAAGAAUUUAGUGAGGGCCAUUAACAACAGGCUUAGUGCAUUGUCCUUUCACAUACGAGAAUACUAUUGGGUUGACCUCAAAAAAAUCAAUGAAAUCUACCGUUAUAAGACUGAGGAAUAUUCAACCGAAGCCACUAACAAGUUCAAUAUCUACCCCGAACAAAUUCCUGACUGGCUUAUGCAUUGGAUUCCUGAGGAAGGAGGCUAUCUCAUUGGAAAUUUGCAGCCAGCUCAUAUGGAUUUUAGGUUCUUCACUCUUGGGAACCUAUGGUCAAUAGUAUCAUCUUUGGGGACCCCAAAACAAAAUGAAGCUAUAUUAAACUUGAUUGAGGCCAAGUGGGACGAUCUGAUUGGUCAGAUGCCUCUUAAAAUUUGCUACCCGGCUUUGGUGGGGGAAGAGUGGCGAAUAAUCACGGGAUCUGAUCCGAAGAAUACACCUUGGUCGUAUCAUAAUGGUGGGUCGUGGCCAACGCUUUUGUGGCAGUUCACGUUGGCAUGCAUGAAAAUGGGUCGUACUGAUUUAGCCGAGAAGGCCAUCAAUCUGGCCCAAAAAAGACUUCCUGCCGAUAAAUGGCCAGAAUAUUAUGACACACGUAAUGGCAAGUUUAUAGGAAAGCAGGCUCGUCUCUACCAGACAUGGUCAAUUGCUGGAUUUCUCACUUCAAGGAUGCUCUUAGAAAACCCGGAAAAGGCUUCUGUUUUGUACUGGGAAGAAGACUAUGAUCUUCUUGAAAUAUGUGUUUGUGCUUUGAGCAACUCCACCCGUAAAAAGUGCUCGCGCAGGCUUGCCAAGUCUCAGAUUUUGGCAUGA